UUUACAAGAUUAUUAGCGUGUGUCGUGAUCAACAAAAUACGUGCCACUGCAUACUUAUUCUUAAUUCAAAUUUUGAACUUUGUACCUACUCAAUUAAUUAAUAUUUUCUAUAUAUCAAUUAUUUUACUAUAUAAAUAUAAGUCAUGAUGAAUUUUACUAAAUCAUUAAACCUACUUCGACCUAUUCAACGGUAUUGUACAUCUAUAAAAAUGUACUCAAGUAAAGUACCUCAGUUCGAGACCCUAGCGGUGUCAGUUCCAAAGAAAUAUGUGUACCAUGUUGAAAUGAAUAGACCACAACAAAUAAACACUUUUACACCAGUUAUGUGGCGAGAACUAAAUGAUUGCUUUUCAUCUCUUAGUGCAAAUCCUGAGUGUAGAGUAGUGGUGUUGUCUGGAAGAGGGAAACAUUUUACUGGUGGUAUAGACUUCAACAGCCUCAUAGAGAUGGAAAGUCAAACGCAAAAUGUAGACGAUGUUGCCAGAAGGGCGAGAAGUUUUGAAAAGCUUAUAACAAAUUGCCAGGCAGGUAUUACUGCAAUUGAAGACUGCGUGAAGCCAGUACUGAGCAUGAUCCACAGUGCUUGUGUUGGUGCUGGUGUAGACCUGGUGACAGCAGCCGACAUGAGGUAUUGCACUGAAGAUUCGUGGUUUCAAGUAAAAGAGGUGGACCUUGGGCUGGCUGCCGACGUUGGAACCUUACAGCGUUUGCCAAAGGUGGUCGGUAAUACGUCUGUUGCAAGAGAACUUUGCUUCACAGCAAGAAAAUUGCUUAGCAAAGAAGCGCUUGAAAUCGGCUUAGUUAGCAAGGUGUUUCCUGAUAAAGAAAGUGGUCUUCAACACGUUAUGGAGAUAGCAGAGACAAUAGCGAAGAAGAGUCCAAUUGCGGUGCAGAAUACUAAAAUAUCACUUGUUUAUUCCCAAAGUCGACCAAACAAGCAAGGACUGGAACAUAUUAGUUUGAUAAAUCAGAUAUCACUGCAGAGUGAAGAUUUGAAGAAGGCAGCCAUUGCUCAAGCUACUAAGACUGAAACUGAAUUUGAUUUGCAUUAAAAUAUAUUAAAUAAUAUAUGUUUAAUGUUAGAGUAUUUUGUAUGUAUAAGACGGCGUCCAUUAAUUACUUGCGGCAUUUUUGAGAAUUUUUUGAUAAGCCCUCGGUGAGAUAUCGUAAAAUUUUCUUCAACUUUCUCCCCCGGCAUCCUCUAAUCUCACGCGAUAUUCUUAAAAAUUUAUGUUUUGGCUGUUCUAUUACUUUUAUUGAGUAUUUGUGAAUAUUACAGUAAUUUAAAAUCACAAUCAUGAAUAUUAAACAAAAAUUAAGAUAAUAUUAAUUUAGUUCAAUCAAUAGAGACCCGUACAUAUUUUACAGCUUUUUUCCCCCCCAUUCCGCAUAAGUGAGAUUUAGAAAGAUUUAGCUUCGAUUCCCCCCCUUGAACACUUCACGUAAUUAAUGGACGCACCGUAAUGUCAUGUAAGUGAAAUUAAAAAAGGAAUAUAUUAUUUUUAUAGUAUUUACAGAUAAUAUAUUGUUAAAAUAUAUAAUGAUUUAUUAAUGAAUUAUGGAAUAGAUUCUCAUUGGUGUGUGAUGAAAUAAAACUCAGGCUUAGAGUGUAAUACAUCAUAAUAAAUUGUGUAUAACAA